CCAUGCCGAUUCUCGAUAUCACCACCUGGAAGAUUCCCUGUUUGGCAGCAGUCACCGAGUGGCCAAGCCUCUGACCUGCCUCGUCAGUCACUGGGAUGCCCACCUGCAGCUCCCUGAGAAGAGAAAGAGGCUCUGAGACCUCAGGAGUGACCACGAAAGAGGUGGCAACUUCACGAGCCCAGGAAGCUAGGGGGGCCUGGAGAAGAUGUGAUUCUAGUCGCCAAUGCGAGGCUCCAGGGCAACCCUAAAUUCCAAAGACCUGUGGGGUUCAGAAUUAGGGGGGCAGAGCCCAGAGGUACCAGGCAGGUGACGAGCGGCUACCAAAGAUGCCAGAAAAGAAUGACUGGCGGCGUCGGCAGCCAAUGGAAUCCCAGGACCGUGCAGGCCAGCCUCAUUCCCGCAGCCGCACCGAGCUGGUUCAGUGUCCCGCGCGGGCGUCUGCACAAGCGACCAGAUUUGGAACCCACACUUGUAAGCAUUGAGAGUGAGGGCUUCUGCCUCGCUGAGACUCCAGCCCUAACGGAGCACGUUCAUGGAGCCUAGAACACCAACAGCCAACUUUUGGAGGACAAGCAGACUCCCUCUGGACCUGUAAGGCAAUGCCCCAGCCUCGCCACCAUGGCACGAGGUUUCACAGUGGGCUUUGACCCAUCGGGUCUAGGAGAACUCAGCUCUAGUUCUCUGAGCUCCCUCUCCUCCCGAGGCCAUCUGGGCAGCGACUCAGGCUCCACAGCAACACGAUACUUGCUGAGGAAGCAGCAGCGCCUGCUCAAUGGCCCUCCCCGUGGAAUCCGAGCCUCAUCACCCAUGGGCCGAGUCAUCCUCAUCAACUCCCCCAUUGAAGCCAACAGUGAUGAAAGUGACGUCAUCCAUGCAGUUCGGGUGGAGAAGAGCUCCUCUGGGAGGCUGGGUUUCAGCGUGAGAGGUGGCUCUGAACAUGGCCUGGGCAUCUUUGUCAGCAAGGUGGAGGAGGGGAGCAGUGCAGAGCGGGCUGGCCUGUGUGUGGGGGACAAGAUCACGGAGGUGAAUGGGCUGAGUCUGGAGAGUACCACAAUGGGCAGCGCUGUGAGGCUGCUGACCAGCAGCGGCAGCCUACACAUGAUGGUACGGCGCAUGGGCCGCGUGCCCGGCAUCAAGUUCUCCAAGGAGAAGACCACAUGGGUGGAUGUGGUAAACCUGAGGCUGGUGGUGGAAAAGUGCAGCUCGACACCAUCGGACAGCAGCUCUGAAGAUGGCGUGCGGCGCAUUGUCCAUCUCUAUACAACCUCGGAUGACUUCUGCCUCGGCUUCAACAUCCGUGGGGGCAAGGAGUUUGGCCUGGGCAUCUAUGUGUCUAAAGUGGAUCAUGGUGGGCUGGCUGAGGAGAAUGGCAUCAAAGUGGGGGACCAGGUCCUGGCGGCCAACGGUGUCAGGUUCGAUGACAUCAGCCACAGCCAGGCCGUGGAAGUGCUGAAGGGCCAAACGCACAUAAUGUUGACCAUCCAGGAGACUGGCCGGUACCCUGCCUACAAAGAGAUGGUUUCAGAGUACUGCUGGCUGGAUAGAUUGAGCAAUGGGGCGCUGCAGCAGCUGUCCACAGCCUCGGAGAGUGGCUCCAGUGUCUCCUCCUAUGCCUCCAGUGUCCCCUGCAGCUCAGGCUCAUUGCCCUCUGACCGCAUGGAUGUCUGCCUGGGGCCCGAGGAGCCCAUUGGCCGUGGCCCAGGCUGGGGGCGAGCAGACACAGCCAUGCAGACUGAGCCUGACACGGGCAGCUGUGUGGAAACUUGGUGCAGCGUAAGGCCAACCGUUAUCCUCAGGGACACGGCCAUCCGCUCUGAUGGCCCCUCUUCUACCCGACGCCUUGAUUCUGCACUUUCAGAGUCACCCAAGACUGCUCUGUUGCUGGCCCUGAGCCGACCCAGGCCUCCCAUCACACGAUCUCAGAGCCACCUGACACUGUGGGAGGAGAAGAAACAGCGGAAGAAGGAGAAGUCAGGGACCCCGGGGGAGAAGGGGGCCUUACAGCGCUCCAAGACACUGAUGAGCCUCUUCUUCAAGGGAGGGCGGCAGGGGCGGCCAGCAGGGGACGGGCACAGAGAGGCCUGGACACUGGACAGCAGAAGCCCCACCAAAGUCCGCCCUCGCCUGGACCUGGAGAAAGCAGGGAGCGUGGGGCCUGUGCAGAAGUUUGUCACCUGGAGACUGAGACGUGACCGGGAGAGGGGCCGGGCCCUGCUCUCUGCUAGGUCUGGAAGCCCCUCUGGCCAGCUGCCCAGUGUGGAUGAGCAGGUGCAGGCCUGGGAAAGUCGACGGCCCCUCAUUCAGGACCUGGCCCGACGGCUGCUGACGGACGAUGAGGUACUAGCUGUUACUCGCCACUGCUCUCGGUAUGUCCACGAGGGUGGCGUGGAGGAUCUGGUGCGCCCCCUGCUGGCCAUCCUGGACAGGCCGGAGAAGCUGCUGCUGCUGAGGGACAUCAGGAGCGUGGUGGCCCCCACGGACCUCGGGCGCUUUGACAGCAUGGUGAUGCCUGUGGAGUUGGAGGCUUUUGAGGCUCUCAAGAACAGGGCAGUUCGGCCUUCCGCUUUGAGACCAACUAGACAAGACACGCCACCCAAGCGUCACCUCAUCACCCCUGUGCCUGAUAGCCGUGGAGGCUUCUACCUGCUGCCUGUGAACGGCUGCUCAGAGGAGGACGAUGGAGAGAUAAGGGAGAGGCUGGGGGGCCUUAAGGUCUCCCUCAGUGCCUCUGCCCCUCGCCGUCACCAUAAAGGAGUGCCCCCUCUUCAAGAUGUGCCGGUUGAUGCCUUCUCUCCUCGCCGAAGCGCAUGCACGCCUCCUCCCCAACCACCUCCUGUGGCUCCCCGGCCUCCCAGGCCUAACUGGCUACUCACAGAACCCCCAAGCAAAGAGGACCCUCAGCAGAACCAGAGCCAGACCCCAGCCCAAAGCCGCAGUCGAAGCCGCAGUCGAGGUCGAGGCAAGUCCCCUGGGCGCAGGCGCUCUCCUUCUCCGGCACCCAUCACCUCCGCCACCACAGCCAAUGGGCGUUACCACAGGCCUCGGAAGGCAAGGCCCCUGCUUCCACGACCUCUGGGUGGGCCGGAGGCCAAGGUGGGAGCUAGGCAAGGGCCCUCAGAGAAUGGAAUUGGUGGGACAGCUGAGGAGACUACCAGGAAGGCCACCACCGGAGAGCUGAGGACGGUCACACUAUCCAAGAUGAAGCAGUCUUUGGGCAUCAGCAUUUCUGGGGGCAUUGAGUCCAAGGUGCAGCCCAUGGUGAAGAUAGAGAAGAUCUUUCCAGGAGGCGCUGCUUGCCUCUGCGGGGCCCUUCAGGUAGGUGAGACGAAGCCGCCAUAGGCCCAGGGCUGAAGGGUACAGACAGGGCUGCCUCACAUUCAUCUUCUAGCCAGGCAUGUUCAGACCAGGUCGUAGGAGGAGGUAGGGGGCAAAGGGGUCAGGCUGGUAGGAUGGGCAAGCCUAGAGAAGAAUCUGUCCCCUCAUGCUAGCCUGGGCCUGAGAAUGGCCCAUCCUGUUCCACCUCAAGUCCCAAAGGACAAAGGGCCAUUGUCUGUGCCCCACCCUGCCCCCAACAGCUCCAGGCACAAAAGUCCUAUUGUCCAUCCCCAGC